ACACGAGGAAGCCCAUGCGCCGGCGCAUGCGCUCUCCAUCUUACCUGUCGUGCACGCUUCUGGGGAGCCGUCGGUUGGAGUGAGCCGAACCUGCUGCGCUUGGGCCGGAGGGGCUGUGGCUGUGCCGGGGAGCCCUGGCUCUAGAAAUGUCUAAUGCAAGAGAGAAGAAACAUGCCAAGAAAAUGAGAAGCCAGCCAACCAAUGUGACCUUAUCUUCAGGUUUUGGAGCUGUGGAUGAGAGAGGAGUAAAGCAUCAUAAUGGAAAUGAAAAGUCUUUCCAAUAUCAGAAACAAGAGUCCCAUUCUGGAGUUCCACGGCAUCAGCAGCCAAAAUCGACACGUGUGCUCGAGCCUUGUGUGAAUGAGCAGCCUUCCGCGGGGUGCAGAGGAGAGAAGGGCAAAGGACAAGCAGGGUGGAGAGGAGGGCCCCAAGGCGCUGCUCGGGAAGUCCCUAAGUAUAUAACUGCAUCUACUUUUGCACAAGCCCGAGCUGCUGAAGUUAAUGCCAUGUUGAAGGCAGUGACACAGAAAUCUUCCAAUUCACUAGUGUUUCAAACUCUUCCCCGACAUAUGAGAAGAAGAGCCAUGAGCCAUAAUGUGAAACGCCUUCCCAGAAGACUUCGAGAGAUUGCUCAGAAAGAGGCUGAGAAAACAGAGCAUCAGAAGAAGGAACACUCAAAAAAUAAAUGCCGCAAGGCUCGGAGAUGUCACUUGAACCUGCUCUUGGAAUUUAAUCGGAGACAAAAAAAGAAUGUGUGGUUAGAAACUCACAUCUGGCAUGCCAAAAGAUUCCAUAUGGUGAAGAAAUGGGGAUACUGCUUGGGGGAGAGUCCCACCGUUAAGAGUUACAGAGCUUCUUACCGAGCAAUGACAAAGCAUUGCCUCCUUCAGGAUUUAUCAUACUACUGUUGUCUCGAGUUAAAUGGCAAAGAGGAAGAAAUACUAAAGGCACUGGCUCGUAUGUGUAGCAUAGAUACAGGACUCACUUUUGCAGCAGUUCACUGUCUGUCUGGAAAACGGCAAGGCUCUCUAGUCCUUUAUCGGGCCGAUAAAUAUCCUGAAGAAAUGCUUGGUCCCAUCACAUUUAUUUGGAAACCUGAGGUUGGCACUAAUACCACUCCUGUAAAUAGAAAAUUGUGGUUAUGGACACAUCCAACUCUCAAACAGGACAUAUUAACUGAAAUAAAACUGGUAUGUCAGUGUGUGCAACCUCCAGAAGCAGCUGCCUCUAUCCCUGAAGUAGUUUUGGCGGCACAUGAAGAGAAAAGCCGCAUUAAACAGACUGAGAAUUGCAAGAAAAGAAAGAGGGAUGAUGGAGAAAAAAAUACUAAUCCAGUAAAAAAAAUUGUGGGUGAUGGAACUAGAAAUCCGUUUCAACCAUAUUCUUGGACAUCCUCAACUACUGGCAUUAUGGUCAGUGAUUUGACAAUGGAGAUGAACAGAUAUCGACUAAUUGGUCCACUAUCUCACAGUAUUCUUACUGAGGCACUGAAAACUGCUUCUGUCUGUACUGAGGUAGAAGAUGCAGAGACAGUACCUCACAGUUGGUGGGUUGAGGCCUGUAAGAAUCCUGAUAGAGUAUCUGUCCAUCAUCGUCAAGAAGCCAUUUUUGAAUUGUUGGGAGGAAUAGCAUCUCCAGCAGAAAUUCCAGCAGGUACCAUCCUGGGUCUGACCGUUGGAGAUCCUCGAGUAAAUUUACCUCAGAAGAAGGCCAAGGCUUUGCCCAGUCUAGAAAAAUGCCAAGAUAAUGAAAAAGUUAGACAACUGCGCCUAGAGGGCGUGCCUGUGGAGUGUGCGCAUAGUUUUAUCUGGAACCAGGAUAUAUGUAAGAGUGUCACAGAGAAUAAAAUCCCAGAGAAGGAGUUAAACCAGAUGAGAAGUGAAUUGAUGGUGCCUGGGUCACAACUUAAUUUAGGCCACCGUGAAUCCAAGAUACCCAUACUGUUGAUCCAGCAACCAGGGAAACUAACUGGUGAAGAUCGAUUAGGAUGGGGAAGUGGCUGGGAUGUUUUACUUCCCAAAGGUUGGGGAAUGGCUUUCUGGAUUCCCUUCAUCUAUCAUGGUGCACGAGUUGGAGGAUUAAAAGAGGCUGUCAUACAUUCUCGAUAUAAGGGAGCACCCAGUAUCCCUGAUGAUUUCCCAGACUGCCCUGCUGGAAUUUUGUUUGCCAUAGAACAAGAAAAUAAUCUUCUGGAAAAAUACAAAAGACACCCUCCAGCAAAGAGGCCCAACUAUGUCAAACAUGGUACUUUGUCACCUUUCCGAUGUCCUUGGGGACAAUUAACUCGAGACUGGGAAUCAAGAAUUACAACUCGGGCAGAGUCUCUGCUAUCUCCUUCUUGGUCACGGGCAAAUAUCAAGAGUGAUCCUGGGAGAGAAGACCUUUGUGUUGUGGAGGGUGAGCGGGGGCCAAAGCUAUCUUGUGAAGCUGAGACUUUGAAAGACAAGCCAGGAGAGCCAGAAGAGAUGAUGGACACCGAUUCUCCAGGUGCUGCAGUGGCAGGAGACACAACAGAUGAAGGCGUGUUUGGAAAUGACAGUGGUGGGACAAAGAGCCCCUUCUGUGUUCUCAGGAGUAGAAAAUUAUUGAAGUUGUUAGCAGCCUGGUGUCAUCCUGUCGCUAGAAGAAAUCGAGUAGCCAUCCGAGCGUCCAGGAUGCAGCAGCAGGAACUGACGAGGGCGACCUGCCUGUCUCUCUUACGUGACUAUCCAAGAUCCCUGGUGUGGGUCAGCCUGUCUUUGCUCAAAAAGGGAAGCCCAGAAUCACACACCAUGAUCUGCAUCCCAUUGAAAGAUGAUAUCCUGCUUCUGAAUGAAGAUCGGCUUUAUAGUGGCCCGCAGGAGUCCAGACACAGCGACCCGUUCAAGGCCAAGGCACGGAAACAGAAAGAAAAGGAAACAGAGAAGGAGCAGAAACAAGGAGGAGAGCAGCACGGCGCCAUGGUGCGUGCCGAGGGAACCCCUGGUUUGUGGCCAGGUUCUCUCCCUGACGUCACCAGCCAUUGCUCCCGGACCCUCCUUGGAUUUGUGACCCAAGGAGAUUUCUCACUGGCUGCUGGCUGUGGAGAAGCGCUGGGCUUUGUUAGUUUGACUGGCCUGCUGGAGAUGCUUCUGAGUCAGCCAGCAGACAGGAGGGGGCUAGUUUUAUUAAGAACACCAGCAUCUCUGCAGUAUCGAUUUGCUAGAAUAAUUAUUGAUAUAUAAAUGCCAUUUCAUAUGACAGCAAGGUACAAAUGGUGCCAAAGAGAACAUAGCAAGCAAAGCCACACAAUUUAAGUUUUUGCUUUUUGCCUUCCACUAUAUAUGUCAUGUGAAAUUGCUUGAAAAAACAAGCCAAAAGUCUAUUGUAGUAUGUUACAUAAAUGAAUGAAAUGCUAACUCAUCAUGUCAUAUGUUUACAUUACCUGGUGGUGUUGAUUUCUAUCCCUGGCCUUUUCCUUUAAAAUAUUUAAAUUCUGGCCUGUAUAACUAGAGUUAUUAUUAGUAUUGUGAUUUCUUGUUCUGUACAUUUUUUGCUUAGAAAUUAUUGAAAGCUAUAGUUUUCUGUCAAAGGACCGGGAUGUUCUGUUUGAAGAGCUUUUUAAAAAGUUCAUAUGACUAGUCUAAUGUGCAUUUAAUUACUGUAAAAAAGAGACUUCUCAGUUUGAGUCUUUGUACAUAAUGUACCUUUGUGGGACACAAAGGUGUCCCUGUGUGUAAUGUAACUGCUGACUUGGAGCAGGAACUUGUAACUACCUUAGCCGUGGAGAAGAAAACCAUGACAAAUUUAUGGCUGCUGUCUUAUUUCAAGGCUCAGUCUGCUUGUCUAAAAAUGAAUUGGAUUAGAGUUGGAGCAGGAGCUCAAACCAGAGUUUGUAUGGCCUUUUCCCAGGCAUGACUGACCAGCAUGUGUCCUCGGGAGUCACUCAAUCUUCCUGUGCCUUGUGCAGCUUCACAUUUUUCUCAAAGCCAUAGAUGUAUUAGAGUUACCUACCUCAGCAGGGUGAUGGCCAAAUUGUAAGGUACUCUGAAAUUGUAAAGAUAUUCUAUAAGCCAUGUUGUUAUACGCUUUACUGCAAUCUCAUGAUGCCCAGGAAAUGUUAGGCAGCAGGUAAGAAGGGAUGAAUUUACUGGGAACUCCAGCAUCUGUAUACUAAUGAUGCUUCGGAAAAACAUCUGCCACUUUUCACUUGGGGAGAAACAGGUCACAAAGUAACUUUCCCUCUGCUUCCAGUACCAACCUGCCCCCAUCCUCCUUUCCCUCAGACUAUAUGCACUUGGCUGUCAUCUGCUGUUGGUACAGGGGCUUGGAGCAAGAUCAGGCUUGGGACUAGUUUGGAAUUUGUUUUUAUCUUGCGUGUCUAAAUUAAAUGUUAGUGUAUGUUUAUGCAGAUUUAAUUUCUGCAAUAGAAAUUGAUAGUAAAUACCUGUUGGUGAUGGGAAGGAGGGGCAAGUAAUAGGGAAAGGGCAUACCGAUCUUGAACCAAUGCUCUGAUUUCCAUCUCCGCAUGCCCUAAACAAUUCCCUGAAUAUAUUUGUAUCCAACCAAAGUAAUAUUUUGACCCUUGCAAGAAAAAGAUUUGUAACUGAACAGUGUCUGUCACAGUAAAUUAAAACCCACAUCAUCCUGUGAUGUUAUAUGUUAAUGUACAAAUUAUUUAAGACACUUUGCCUAUUGCCUCAGUUACUAAGUGAUUAGAGCUAAUGAGGUUACAUUGAAAGUUCAUUCCCAGGAUUAGUUCCCUUAGCUUCAUCUUCAGACGGCCAUCUGCCAUAAUUGGUCAUGAGUAAGUGGGGGAGAGGAGAAGGGAGUGUUGUGGAGAAUACUAGAGACCAGAUGCUUCAAGGCACAAAGCAUGACCACUCGAGGAAAAUAACUUAAAAGCACCUGCUCUGUUGGGUCAGUAGCACCGUUGUUAUGUAAAAAGGAUUGAUUAUUGUCAUUAAGGAACUAUAAAAGGGCAAUAGUUAUUAAAUACCUUCCUCCUGUUAAAAAGAAAGGAUAGACAGAGGAAAGGACCUAUUUUCAUUCAUUCUGUUUAUUAUUGGAAUCAAUUAUAAGCCCUAUUUAUGUGCCUAUUUGUUUAGCACCAUACUAGAAAAUGGAAGUAUAAGACAAAUGCUUAUCUUGUUGGACAAAUGACUUCGAUAUGUUAAAGAACAAAUUAUGUGGUACAAACAA